AUGUCUAGUGUUAAAACCAGACGACAAACAGCUGCCGCUUCUACACCAUCAACUCCCACGCCCGCAGCUCGUGAACAAGUCAUCAUGAAUGGCAAUGGUAAUGGUUCGGCACACAAGUCUGAAGAGGCUGUGUAUGUUAAGGAAAACAUCUUUCUCUUCUGGCCCAAUGUUAUCGGAUACUUUCGAAUCGUUCUCGCAUUGGUAUCACUAUACUAUAUGCCCCUUCAUCCACGUACCUGCACUCUUCUCUACAGUAUCUCCUGCCUUCUCGAUGCUCUCGAUGGAUAUGCUGCCCGCUACUUUGAACAAUCUACAAAAUUUGGUGCGGUAUUGGAUAUGGUGACCGAUCGUUGUACCACCGCCUGUUUGCUGGUCUUUCUUUCUUCCGCCUGGCCUCGAUGGGCUCUGCUUUUCCAAGGACUCAUCUCGUUGGAUUUGGCUAGUCAUUACAUUCACAUGUAUGCGACUCUUGUUAUGGGAGGAGGAGAUACCAGUCAUAAGCAAGUCGACAAAUCUCGCAGUUGGAUUUUGAACUUGUAUUACACAAACAAGACUGUCCUCUUCCUCUUCUGUGCUCUUAACGAAAUUUUCUUCAUCGCCCUCUACCUCCUUUCCUUCUCCUCUCCUCUGCUCUCACCAUCUCUCCUCCAAGUUACCAACAAUGGCGAAGCAGCAAGCACACUCGUUCCCGGAAGCCCCUCCAAUCCAUCUGCCGCAUCCCUCUUCGCUAAUCCCUACAGCGCCGGCGCAUUGGAACUCGCACGCGCAAAUAAGAUGGAUUCCACCUGGCCAUGGAUCAUUGCCGGAAUCUCAUUCCCCAUCAUGGCAGGAAAACAAAUCAUCAAUGUCGUACAAUUGGUCAAAGCUAGUCGAUGGUUGGCCGAGGGAGACAUUCAAAUGAGGAGAGCAGCUGGAUUACCAAGACAGAUAAAGGAGAAAUGA